AUGUUCAGAAGCUGCAAUAGGAUAAACUUUAGGUUUGUAUCUAACAGUUCACAAAAUGUUAAAAAGUAUAAAGUCAGUACAGGCAUCGGCGUUGCCUUAGUCUCUGCCGGGUUUUUGGCAGGCUAUGUUGGCAGCUCAAUUACAAUUGCACAGAACGUUCCUCAGUUCUUGUUCCCAUCAGGAUCCAAGACUUCGUUGCAGGACCUACGUUCACCAGAGUAUUUAGACCCCAGGUUCGCUCUGGAUAAGUUCAAGAGUCGUCUUCUCCUGAUUGUCCAGGAGCAAGAUCUGUCAUUUAAAAAGGGCGAUCUUGAUGAUCAUUCUUUUAACAAUUACACCUUGCAUAAACCAAAGGAUAACGAAAGGCCCUACGUAAUAGUGUAUCCUCGUGAUACAGAGCACAUUUCCCAAAUUAUGAAACUCUGUUAUGAGUUUGGCGUUCCAGUGAUUCCUUUUGCUGGGGGAACUUCCAUAGAAGGUCAAUUUAUCUCCACAAGAAAUAUUAAUUCGGAUAAAGAAUGUAUCUGCGAACAUCAGGAUACGGUAACGGUAAUGCUUGAUUUUAAUAAGUAUAUGAAUAAAGUGAUUCAAGUGAAUGCAGAUGAUUUGGACUGUAUUGUUCAACCUGGAGUUAUAGCCAAAGAAUUGAAUGAUGAGUAUUUGGACAAAUUGGGACUUAUGUUCGGUCCAGACGGUGCACCGGGAUGCGAAAUAGGUGGACAAAUAGGUACCUCUUGUUCCGGUACCAAUGCAUACAGGUAUGGUACAAUGAAGGAGAAUGUGGUUAAUGUGACCGCAGUUAUGGCAGACGGUACCAUAAUCAAGACUAGACAAAGGCCCAAGAAAUCAUCAAAUGGUUACAACCUUACGGGACUUUUCAUUGGAUCAGAGGGUACAUUAGGCGUUGUCACUGAAGCCACCGUUAAACUUCACGUGAAACCAAUUCAUGAGACAAUUUCAAUUGUUAGCUUCCAGGACCUCAACCAAGCCACCCAAUUGGUACAGUUGCUGACUAAGAAAGGUAUUCUUGGCAUCAACGCUAUAGAGUUACUUGAUGCGAAUAUGAUGAAAGCUAUUAAUUUCAGCGGCCAAACAUCACGGUCAUGGAAGGAACAACCAACGUUACUAUUUAAACUCGGUUCACACAACAAAGCCAUCUUAAAUGAGGUCAUUAACGACAUCAAGAAAUUAUCACAAGAGACCAAUUGUACAUCUUGCGAAUUUGCAAAGACACCAGAGCAACAAGAAGAGCUCUGGUCUGCAAGAAAAUCUAUAUUUUGGUCAUCUAUAGAUUACGGAAGGCACUUGUUCGGGCCGGAUGUCAAGAUUUGGUCUACAGAUAUUGCUGUACCGGUUUCGAAAUUAUCUACUGUUAUUGACGACUCGUUAAAGGAGGUUACAGAUGCUGGCUUAUAUGGCACAGUUGUAGGACAUGUAGGUGAUGGUAACUUUCACUGCCUUGUCAUGUACAAUAUUCAGGAUGAACAAAAGGCUUUAGAAGUCAUAGACAACAUGACCAUCAGAGCCAUCGCAAACGAAGGAACAUGCAGCGGAGAACACGGAAUUGGCACUUCGAAAAGAAAAUUCCUAACCAUGGAACUAGGACAAGAUACUAUUUCCGUGAUGAGAAGAAUUAAGAUGGCCCUCGACCCAGCACGAAUCUUAAACCCUGAUAAAUUAUUUAAGAUAGAUCCUGCAGAUAAAAAGGAUUAG